CAUUCUCAGCAAGGAAUCUAGUCGUUAUGAAGAUCUACAAAGAUGUUAAUAAGCAGUGUAAUACUCAAGAGAACAAAGUUCCAAGAAUUAGUGACAGGAGAACUUGUGAAACCUGAUGGCUAGUUCCGUAACCCAAGAACAAAUUUGUACAGACUCACAAUGUCUAGCUGAGCUCUCUACCAUGUUCCCUAAUAUCGACUACAAUGUUCUAGUGUCAGUAUUGCAGGCACAUAACGGACGUAUGGACACAACAGUGGAAUAUUUUAUGGUCACUUCGAAUACAAAUUAUGUAACCGAAGACUUUUCCAGCACUCGUAUAGAUUUUACUGAGAACCCUUCCCAAGAUAUGGUGGGUCAGUUCAGUGAGGACAUAGGUGGACUGCCUGAGAUGCUACCAAGCUUCAUUUACGAUACACAAGACACACUGUACACUAGUGACGAGGACAGCAGUUUCACCCGUAGUCGAUCCCCCAGCCCUGAUAGUGACGUGAACUCAGAGGAUGACCCUUUACCCACCUAUGAGGAGGCAUGCACCGACCAUGACCGAUUACCUGAGGCUGUGUAUAUUGAGGAUGAGGGGGAAGGUGGGGAGUAUGGAGAGUCGAGGGUUGAAGAGACUGUCGCCAGGGAGACUACAACACAAGUCACCGGUGUGCAGAGUAAGAAAUACAAGAAGGUUGGAAAGCUUGCAGGCAAACUGAAGAGUAAAAGGUUCAAAGUCAAACUAGCCAAAGGGAAGAAAAAGUCAGAGCAUUCGAUAUCUGCCAGACAGGGAUAUGCUCCACUGGGCUCUGAUCAAGAAUUACCUGAUGCGGAACUAGAGGGAGACUCCACAUAAACUUAUUAAUAGUUAUAAAUUUAUUAAUAUUCAGUCACUUUUCUACUAUUGGUACAUGCUGACAUGCACAGUUGCAACAUGUACACAUGAUACAAAUUGUUUUCUGCCUGUUGGCCAGUUGGGUAAUGGUCGAUACUCAAACAAUUGCAUAUGAAGUCGGGAUAUGUGAAGAUUAACAUGGCAAAAUCUAGAGAUGAGGAUGGUUUCCAGAUAGUGAGAAGGAGGAGAGGACAGAGGAGCACUAAGCCACCACUAUCCCCAGUAGGACUAGGUCACCUUGAGGAGGGUUUACCAUCACGAAACAUCAUCAUUAGGAUAGACACAUAUAGAAAUUCAAUACGGCAAUCGCAGUUCUUGCAACAAAUUCAGGAUGGCCUAGACUGUUCCAAAUUCAGAGAGUUUAUCUGUUACGGGAUAGGUCGCAUUGGAAGCUGCUCCAUAUCCAGACAGCAGCUGGCCCUGCUACUGGAGCUGUGCCCAAAGGGAACACCCUGUUCUCUGUUUGACCCAAUGCUUAGCUCUGAGGAGAGAGAGGCUGUGGAGAGAACUGGAUGCAGCCUACUACCACACAAUGAAUUGUGCAAGCACCCAGUCCACCAUUCUACACUGUUCUUCAUGCCUCAUUGUGGAAGAGCUAUGUACAAUAACCUACUGUGGUCUAACUGGAGCCCAACCUCACUACCGUGUGUGACAAUCAUUGGGAAUAGACUCAGCAGCUAUUUGGAGAGGCUGCCUACAAAGCAUCUGGCCAAGGAGACACCUUACAUACACAGAGCACUACAGUACUCCACGGAGGUGACCCUUUCUAACACCUACCCUGACAGCACAGUAUUCAAUGACCUUGCAAUACAUACAUUCCCAGUGGAGAAACUGCUAACAGCUCAACACACGGAAUGGACAGACUGUACAGAACCAAUCAUUGACUCAAAUGACCCAGAAAUAAUCGUCACAUGA